AGACUAAUAGCCCUUAGAUUUUACUUCUUCAUCAAUAAAAUUGUUCACCUUAUUUUCAAAAGGAAAAAGAAAAAAAAAAGAAAGAAUUGUAGGGAAAAGUGAUUGAAAUUUCUGGAAUACAAAUCCUAAUCCAAAUCAAACAAUCACUCUCGAAAGUUUCUAAUGAUCAAAUAAUCACUCUCCACGAAACGAAUUCGUUUUCUCUCAAAAAUCUGUGAAACCCUAGAAUUCCCAAAUCUUAUUAUCUCCAUUGAUUUGUCUCCAUCAUCGCCUUCAAUGGCGAGUCAUUCGUCUUCCGCAGCUCCUUCCUCCGCCGCCGCCGCCGCCGCCGCUGCUGCUGCUGCGGCCUCUUCUCAGUACACUUAUGCCAAUGGCUCCUCCUAUUUCCCCUUACCCUUUCACCUCCAGCAACCUCAGACUGUCUCUCAAUACCCCACACCUUACGCCUCUGUAGCGCCUCAGCCUGCCCCGCCGCCGGUCGUUGCUCCCGUAUAUCCAGCCUCUGCUCCCGUCGCCGGUGUUUACACCUUGCCUCAGUACCAGCAGGCCCAGCAAUUAUUUCAGAGGGAUGCUCAGACAAUUACGCCUGAAGCUCUUGAAAGCGUGAAAGCUGCUCUUGCGAACAGCGAAAUCGAGCACAAAGCAGAAGCUAAGAAGAAAGCUGUUCCCCGUAAAGCUGCUGGGCUGAGUUGGGAGGAUCCAACGCUUGCUGAAUGGCCAGAAAAUGAUUAUCGCUUGUUCUGUGGUGAUCUUGGAAACGAGGUGAAUGAUGAUGUUCUUUCGAAAGCAUUUUCUCGAUUUCCUUCCUUUAACAUGGCUAAAGUUGUUAGAGACAAAAGAACUGGAAAAACCAAGGGCUAUGGAUUUGUUAGCUUUGCUAACCCUACUGACCUUGCCGCUGCGCUGAAGGAAAUGAAUGGUAAAUAUGUGGGCAAUAGACCAAUCAAACUCCGCAAGAGCAACUGGAAGGAGAGAACAGACUACGAUGCCUUAGAGAGACAUAAGCACCAUACCCAAAAGAGGCCAAAGCUUUCCAAGAAGAGCAUAUUACACAAGUGAUGAAUUUACCAAUUACCAAGUUGUAAACUUCAACAACCUUAUUCAAACUAUAAUUUUUAUUUUCAUUUUCAUUGUAUUGAAGUGGUUGUAGUAAUGUUCUGUGAAACUGGUUAUAUUGACAAUUUCAAUGAGCAGAAAUAAUGCAAUACAGUAAGAAAUUCCUUGUCAA